GGUAUCGUCCUCCUGGCAUUCGGAACCGGGCAAGACGCGUUACUACGGUCGAUGACGACGGACAUGGUUGAUCCAAGUGAGAUCAGCGUCGUGUACUCCGCGAUCACAAUGUUGAGAGCGAUCGGUGGGUCGAUCAGCGGACCAAUAUAUGCUGGACUAUACGUAAUGGGCAUGAACCAGAAAGGCGAAGGCUGGCUUGGACUGCCGUUUUUGUUUGCGGGCGCGCUUUUCGUUGUUGCCCUAAGCCUAUUGUCAGCGAUAACAAAUCCUGAGGAGGGGGGAUAUGAGGCCAUAAGCGAUGUGGAGCGUGAAGGCACGCAAUGACCAUGUUGCGAGGUUGGUCUAAAGCUUUGAGAGGAAAAGAGAAAAGGAACCAAUAUCUCGGCUCUCGGCGUCCAAAUGUUGUCAAGGUAGAGCAACAUCAAUGGUUUUGCUCCUAAACAAUGGAUCACAAGUUCAUCUAGUACAUCUGUGUUUGACAUAAGUGAAUCUAGUUGCCGUCUCAUCCCUUCAGUAGUAGCUUCAUCGACAACUUGAACGCAGGGCUCCCCGUUCCCGUUUUCGCUAGGUGUAUUCAUCUCAGCGUGCACCGUCUGGCAAUGUAUUACUUGUGUCCCAUAAGAGGCAAAGAUUGUGCGGUCGAUGGACUUGUUGA